GCAAGCUGACAACGCUGUGCGUAACAGAGACGUUAAAUUGCCCAAUGAAAGCGUGAAAGAAUAUUCUGCAUUAAAAAUGGAUUUAUUGAAAGUGCCUUUAUCAUGUACUUGCCAAUCUGAGAACACAUUUAUUUCUUCUCUUGCAAAAGCCGCAUCUGUUGAAGAACAGAUAAGGAUACUUAAAGAGUACUCCGUUUUCAUAACAGGCCUGGAAAAUUCAUUACUUUCAAACAUCCAAAUUCUGGCAGAUUUAUUCAUUGAAGCCCCAUUGAAACAUAUAAUUAGGAACACUAUCAUAAAGUUUCUAUGUCAAUUUACAGGUAGAGAUAUGUUAACAAUGGCAUUAUCUAACACAAUAAAGAACAAGCUCCAGUAUUAUGAUGGACCACACAAACAGUCUCUAGCAAGCCGUAAUGCCACAAUCAUUAGCAUAGGAAGCUGCUUUGACAAUUUCAAAGUUGGUGUAGAUGCUAUACGUAACUGUCUAAAUGAAAUUCUAUUGUUCUGCAAUAGAUCCUUGGUAUUAUAUUCAGAGCAACUAAGUCUGAACGUUUCUCCUUCUGAUAAAACUGAAAUUAGCUUGUUUAUUCAUUCAUCGAUACGCGUGGUAAUAUCAUGUUUCAAUCAUUUUACGGGUAUGUUGAGGAAUACAUACGAAGGUAAAAAAAAUGUCGAAAAGGUUAUUCUUAUAUGCUGGGAUUUGUUAGACAAUCCAGAGAUUCCCAUGGAUACGAAAAUUAAUUGCGGUAUAUUGAUAACAAUGAACGCGAACUUAGAAGGUCGCUACAUACGGCUCACCGAGCGUAUUUUCUUGGAAGAGAAUUCUACUAAGAAGCUUUGUCUACUGAAUGGAGUGAUAUGUACUAUAGAAAUAGAUUAUUUCAAUGAUCCUGAUUACAAAGGUUUCAGUAUAUGUUCAAAUAUCGCAAAUGUAUUGAAAGAAAUUUCGGAAGAAAAUCCUAUAGAACCGAGCAUCAUGCUUGGUGUAACAAGAAGUUUUUCACAAAUGACGAAAAGGCUAUUGUCUAUUAAAAUUGAGAAAUACCUGAAGCAAGACCACAGAGAACUUAUCGAAAUACUUGCUGUGAAUUUAGGCUAUGCACUAUCACACCUAGAUCAUUAUAUGGACAGUGUGCGGCAUCUAUGCAAGGAACUUUUAAAACAUACGAUUCAGUUAGGAAUCAAAGUUGAUGAACAGUUGAACCAGAUCAUUUACGACUAUAUUAAAAACGUCGAUAUCAAUAUCAAUACCAAAUGUAUUUUAAUCAGUGCCAUUUGUUCUAUAGUCAAAGCAAAAGCUGUGCUUCAGGCUAUUCCGAAUGUUACGGAAUUCCUACUCAAGUCGCUAAUUGUCGAUGACCACGAAAACGUAAAUUUACAUGUAAAAAAUUGCUAUGAAUCUCUUAUGAUGUCCUACGAUUAUGACGCUAAUAAUCGAGAGUGGUUCAAUAAAUGGAUUCAUCCUAUACUUGUUGAAAUAAAUGAAAACGAUACGAAAUUUGAGGUUAAACAAAACUUGUUCGAUUUGAUUCGAAAAGCAAUAAAGUCACAUCCGGAGAUAGCAAUUUGUAUGAUCGAUAGUGAAACCAAUGUAAAUUUUGGUCUAGUCUUAACAUCACUGGGAAUAGCCAAAAAAAGCGGCCUGUUUGACAAAAUAGAGUCUAAUUCAAUGAAAUGGAAAAACUUACUUCCAUACAGAAAAAUUAAACUAGCUAUGAUAUCAGCGGAUGACUCAACAAGAAUGUCAGCAUUAUAUUUACUUACUGAGUGCCACAAAAGUACAGAGUUGUUCACUAAAGAGGACCUCGAAUGUAUUUUGUUCUUCCUAGAAAACAAUAUAAACGUACAUGUUUCGUCAUUAAGACAAAAAAUUGCAUGCUGUAUGAAAAACACUUUAAACCGGUUGAAAUCUGGUUUUCUAAGCAUUAUAAAAAAGUCGGACACGGACGGAAAAAGUCAUUACUAUUACCAUUUCGUAAAAAAAUUACAUCAGUUUUGUAUAGAUAAUUUAUUCGUUGGUGCCAAUUAUAGUCGAAGAACUAUAUCAUUCCAAAUAUUGCUUCAGUUAUUACAAAUUGCGAGUUACAUAUUUUAUAACGACGAAAAUUCGAAUAUUUGGAACGAAGAACAAAUUAUUGCGUUACUAGGUGCUUUGAAUGACAGCUACGAAGGAAAUAAAAGUCACUGCAUAAGCAUACUUUUUUACUGUCCUAAGAUCUAUUUCGAAAAAUGUGGCCUAAUGAUAAAUUAUGAUACUGUUCGCAUACUCAUGACUAGCAUUAAACCAAACGACUCUUUAACUGCAGCUUACUGUUUAGAAUACUUGUGUUUCAUUAAUACAUACAUUGAAGUUCCCACAGCUUGUGAAGAGUUUUCCUUGAUCCAAACAAAGGCAUAUAAAAUUUUGAAAUGGUGCGAGAAAAUACUUUUGCAUGGUUUGCAUAUAGCUAAUUCAUCUUUAUACAAAGCAGCUCGCGAAAAUCCUAUGUUUGGUUCCUUAGCUUGCAUACAUCAUUUGUUAAAUAAACUCGACCUGAAAGAAAUCGCGAAUUGCGUUCAUUGGAUAAAAUUUAUUUCAGAUCUAGUUUAUACCUGUUGUGAGUUGAUACGUGUUGUCUCUGUAGUAGUUAACAACUCUUCACCUGAAGGACAUUUGACUAAUGAAUUUAAGGCAAUUGAUAUGCACAUAAUAGAUGAAGACGUUGAAAUGCAAUCCGAUGAUGAUGAUGCAGAGGAAAUAAGUUCGAGUACAAGAACUACCCCACAAAUGUUAUUAUUAUGCUCUUGGCGUACAGUGAAGGAAGUAUCACUCAUUCUUGGAAACAUUGUAUUUAAAACAACUAUAGUUAGAAGUCAAACUGAAGUCGACAAUGCCAAUCAAAGUGAUUCCAUUGGUUUAUUAAACUGUGAUCAAAUUAUGCAAAUCGGUUCUUUAUUCACACAACUACUAUCAGAAACGAAACAUCGAGGUGCUUUUGAACAAGCAUAUGUGGGGUUUUCUAAAUUAUGUAUUCGGUUAUGGAACUCGCAACAUGUUGAACAGCACCAAAUGCCAAUGAAAUGGUUACAAGAGAUGAUAUUCUUAAUUAAUAGUGACAGUAAUACUGACAACGCCAAAAUCAAGCUGGGUAAGAUAUGUCCUACUCGAAGAAGUGCAGGUAUUCCCUACAUGAUGCAAGCUAUUCUUACAUCAGAGCUUCAAGUGAAUUCAUCAAAAGGGCUUCAAUUUUGUAUGAAAAAACUUAUUGAACUGAGUAGAAGAGGAUCUACAGCCGAAACUCGAACGCACUCUCUAAAUAUUUUACGAGCAUUAUUUCGUUCAACUGAAUUGGGGGACACUAUUGGUGAAUUCGUUUCAGAUGGAAUCGAGUGCGCCAUUAACGGCUAUGAUGCUGAAUCGUGGUCGGAGCGAAAUUCAUCCACCCUACUCUUCUCUGCCUUAAUGAUUCGUGUUUUCGGUGUACAGCGAACUAAAGAUUCUGAACGUCUUAACAUCAAAAAUAAAAUGACGGGACGGAUAUUCUUUCUAAGGUACCCACUGUUGUAUGACUAUUUUAUUCUAGAACUAAAAAAGGCCAGUAAAGUUGUAAAAAACGGUACAAGAUGUAAAAAGUUACAUCCCUUACUAUUGCUGCUUAGUAGAUUAUACCCUUCCGCACUAGAAGGAAGUGAGUCGAAUUUAAAGCUCUCUAGAUUUGUGCCAAUAGUGUCUAUUUGUUCAGGUUGUGCAGAGCUGCAAACGCGGUAUUUAGCGGCUAAAUUUAUUGCAUUAAUUGUUUCACCUGAUUUGAUAUUUGAUCGAAUCUUUCUUCUUCUUGAAAGCUUAAAUCGAUCGAACAAUAAAGAAAUUAAUCCGAACUCUUUGCACGGCGCGUUGUUGCAAAUAUUAUAUUUAGUGAAAACUAGAAGUCCUGGAGUGUCCCAGGAGUCGAGUAAUCUGCUAAACAACUGGUUAGAUCUUUAUACAGCUAUUUCCAAUUAUCUAUUCGAAGUUAAACCGAACUUUGUGCUUUAUGGAUCCAUAAUAGAUAUUCUAAUCGAAAUUUUAGCAAGAUGUCAAAAUAUUAUGUUUACUGAGGACGAUCAGUACCUGGACGACCUUGGUAAUAUAGUUGAUUAUUUGUUCAAUUUAACAAACCAAAAAUCGUAUUACGGAUGUGAACAGAUUCAGCGUAAAAUAGUGCUAAUCAAGAUGGUUAUGUAUAUGUAUAAUGAAGAUGAAAAAUCACCUAGCAAAUGUUUUCUAUGUGAAAUUGACCCCGCAAAGUAUAGUUAUGAUUACAUAGACUCGGCAUUGAAUAUAAUAAUGUUGAUACUCGAUUACGACGAAAUUUCUAUUAACUCAGAGCAGUUCGGCAUAGACAAAAUGGAAUUGUUUUACAUUCGUCACUUGAAUGUCUCUAAACACCUAAAAAGUAAGACAUUGUGUAAUGAAUUUUUAAAAUCAUCAAAAAUUCAUAACUUUUUAAAAACAAUAAUUGAACAAAAUGUUCAACACAGUUGUACUGUGAAAGCGUACACGAUAUUAAGCUAUAGUGCUGCAGGUGUACAGGUACUGAUGACGAGUCAUACUAGUAAAGAGAUGCUUAAAACAUUAUUCGAAGCUGCCGUAUCCUAUCCCGAUGAACUAAGAGCCAGUAUAUACAAAUGCAUAAAAUGCGUUUUUAGCGCAGAAAUUAAACGUUCAGCAAGUGCGGUUGAAGUUGAAAUAUUACCAAUAAUGGCCUCCGCGGGGCAAUGCUACAGAGUUAGACUAACAACAAUAGAAAUAUUAAACGUAGUAUCGAGUCAUUUUAUCAAAACUAGCUCAGUAGUAUUUUACUUAAACUUCAGCAGAGCUCUACUAACUCUUUUAAGAGAUGAAAAUGCAGAUAUAAGAAACGUAGCAGCUCGUCUUGUUACAAAAUUGCACAGUGCAGCAGAGAAGCUUAAGAUACAAAACCUUUUACCAACCUACGCUCAGAGAUUAUAUCUUCGAAUUUUUUCAACAACUAUGCUGUCGAAAAAGUUUACUGUGAUUCAUGUUUUAACUAUUAUGUGGUACUUAUGUCGUACGAAAUGACAACCGAGGAUGUUGACGUAAAUUUGUCUGAAUAUUCUAAGUUUCGAAUAAUCAAUAAGAAUGAAAUCAACAUUUAUGGCGAAUCUAUCUUAUUGAUAGAACAAUGUAAAGAAGAAAUACGGAGGUUAAUUAAUCUGCAUAAUGUACAUAUCGAAGAAAAUAUUGAUCGAAUUCUAGAGAUUGCAGGACAUCAUUCCAAACAGAAAAAACACAUUAUGGCAUGUUUGAUUGAGGUUCGAAAACCUGCGAAACUAGUAAGCAUUACCGAUGACAAGCAGUUAUUAGAAGAUUAAUGUAGAAAUCAUAUCAAGCAUGCCUGUACAAUUGGAAAUGGAAAAAAUAGUUUAAUAAAGUAAUUUUAAGAUUUUAA